CGCGGCGAAUGCCACAUUUGAAUACACGUGCAAGUUGUUUUAAGCGGUGUUUAAUUUGUUUAAUGAUUUUUAUUUACUAAACUGCUAAGUAUAACCAUGCCGGCAGCAGUGGCCACAGGCGUGCAAUUCGGAGGACCGUCCAAGAACAAGAAAAUCGUAUUCGAUGACUCCGGCGAGGCUGUAGUUAAACCAAACAAAAAGGAGCACCCCCAUAAGCCAAGAAAUCAAGGCAGCGAGCAGGUGCAACGGCCUCAGAAAAUCAAGUUUGGCGAGGAUGGACAAGCUCAGACAGGGAAAUCAUUCAAACCUAAUGGUAAAAAGCCUGAUCAUGCAAACAAACCUCAGAGGAUAAAGUUCGGUGAUGAUGGGGAGCAAGUUGGACACAAAUCCUUCAACAAAAACUACCAGAAUGGUCAAAAAACAUUUAACAAAAACCAUCAAAAACAUAAUGGUCAAAAGCCGGACUAUGCCAAUAAGCCACAAAAGUUAAAGUUUACUGAUGAUGGUGAAGAAGUAUCUCAGAUAUCCAAUAACAAAAACUUUGAUCAGGCCAAGAAAGCCCAGAAAAUAAACUUCGGAGACAAUGGAGAGACUAUAAAACCUCAGCGCAUAAAGUUCGAUGAGGACGGAGCAGAAAAAAAUGUAUCCGAUAGCGAUGGGGAUAGUGAUGAAGAAGUGGGACAAUCAUUUUCCAAGAAGCACAAUAAAUACCAAUCCAAACUUGACGAAGAUGAGGAGUCCCAAAAGAAAUGGUAUCAAGUGCAUCCAGAUUAUCCCUCUACUGAUGAGGUGCUAGACAUGAAGGAGAACGAGCAGCUGGAGCUCUACAAUCUCUGCAAGAGUUCAUUCGAUGCGGAGAAAAAUACAUUUAAUAAACGUAAUCCCUCGGAUGCUCGGUGGCUGCAAACUGCUCUGCACAAGGGUACAGCAAAGGAUCGCGCCAAUGCCGGCGCCUUGCUGGUGACCAGUAAUCCACUAGGCAACCUGGAAGCCUUAACCACAUUGAUUGGUUUUUGCAAGAUCUCCAACAAGGCCAGCAACGAUGUUAUUGCUGUGCUUACGGAUCUUUGGCAAGAGGUUCUGCUGCCGCCCAACAGAAAACUCCUGGCGGUGCACACCCGUGGAGCAGAUUGGAAGAAGCUCAAAAAGGAUGAGAAGCUGCGGAACGAGCAAAAGCGACGCAUCUAUGCGUACUGGCAUUUCGAAAGCGAACUGAAGGACCAAUACCACGAGUUCCUAAAGAAUGUGAUGCAGGGCUUGCAGACGGGGCAGGAGCACAACAAGAACUCCUCCAUUGUGUCCGCUGCCAGACUGCUGGCUUAUGCUCCAGAAAAGGAACAGCUGCUGCUGACAAUGCUGGUGAACAAGCUGGGUGAUCCCAUCGCCAAAAUUGCUUCCAAAGCGCUGCAUCACCUCAGCGAGGUAGCCCAAAAGCAUCCGAACAUGUGUGGUGUCAUAGUUGCCGAGGCGGAGAAGUUGCUGUUCCGUAACAAUAUUUCCGAACGGGCGCAGCACUUUGCACUGUGCUUCCUCUCCAGCAUCGCACCCUCCGGCCGGCCCGAAGUAUGCACUAAGUUGGUGAACAUCUGCUUUGCCUUGUUCAAGGUUCUUGUCCAGAAAGGGGCCGUUAAUAAUAGAACCAUGCAGGCCAUUCUGCGGUGCCUGCAAAAGGCCAUCGUGGAGGCUCAACCGGGAAAAGAUAGUAAUGGCGAAUUGCUAACGAAGGAAAUGCAGGACACAAUAUACCGAUUAGUCCACUUGGCCGACAUUCGGGUAGCUGUACAUACUCUGGGGUUGCUGCUGCAAUUGGUUACGGUCAAAACUGAGAAAUCUGAUCGUUUCUAUAAUGCGCUGUAUGUGAAACUGCUGGAUUUGAACCUCGUCAACGUUGGCAGUAAAACGGCGGCUCAUUUGCUACAUAUUGUCCAUCGAGCCAUCCACAUCGACAACAAUGUGGCUAGGGCUCAGGCCUUUGUCAAGCGUCUCCUGCAGCUCACCCUGUAUGCUCCUCCUCACAUUGCAGCAGGCUGUUUGAUUGUUAUCCACAAGCUGUUGCGCAUGCGCCGCGAGCUAAUUGGUGGCAGUGGAGCUUCGGAGGAGUUGGACCUUAAUUCCAAAGCAACUCUACCAUUGGGUGCAGACUUGGAUAAGUUUGGCAGUGAUGAUGAGGAAGUCUACCAGGAUGUUAAAGAGGAGACUGCGGAAAAGGCGGAUUCUAAACCAUCGGAGGAGAAAGCUGAGGUUGAGGCCAAGACGAGUGCUUCAUCGUGGCACCAUGCCAGUGUUCCUGCCACGGAGUCAAAGGUGCGGGAAAUUGAUUCCUGCAAAUACGAUCCAUACCAUCGAGUGCCUGCUUUUGCAGGAGCAAGCUAUGCGCUUCGGCAUGAACUUCUGUUGCUGCGCCAACACUACCAUCCCACUGUCCAGGUCUUCGCCGAGCAGAUCCUUCAGCAGUCGCGCAUUGAUUACUAUGGCGAUCCGUUGAGGGAUUUUGGACUACCACACUUCCUGGAGCGAUUCGCCUUUAAGAAUCCCAAGAAGCUGGACGCUCCGCAGGCAGCGGAAAGUGCUACUGUGGCCCACAAGCGCUACACAGCUCACGGGGCGCGUGGCAAGCCAGUAAGAUCUCUGACCAAGGGCAACUGCACCGAAGACGAAAUGUUCAUCUUCAAUUUCCUGGAGCACAAGCGUCGGCAAGCAGAGAUUGUGGCCGAGAACAAAAAGCAGAAGGGAGUUAAGAAGGAGGACGAGGAAGCCGGUGAGGAUGCCGACGGCGGAGAAGAAUAUUUGAAAGAGGGCGAAGUGGACGACGACGAGUUCGAGGCAUAUUUGGAUGGGUAUUUCGGAAAGAAGUUCAAGGAGGGCGUUGACGAGGAGCAGGAUGAAGAGGAGCUGAACUUCCUACAGGAGCUCGGUGGCGAGAUGAAGAAGGACAAGUCCAAGGACAAGAAAAAGAAAAAGCAGGCUGAAAAGGCGGAAGAUGACAUGGACGAUAUAGACGACGACUGGGGCGACGAUGAUUUGGGAGAGGAUGAAGACGAUGAAAUGGAAGGUGCUGGAGAAGAUCAAUCCGAUGAUGAGACAGGCUCGAUUGAUUUGGAGCCAUUAGAUGACGACGACGACGACGAUGAUGUUGAAGAGGGCUCUAUUUCCGAUGGCGCACCAGACGACAGUGAUUCGAGCGACGCUCCGGAGAGUCCCGACGAGGACGAAGAUGAAGACGAAGAUUCUCCGCCCAGGUCCAAGAAAUCCCGCAAAGACUCCUCCGAGAUGGUUGGAGGACGCAGCUUUGCCAAGACACUCAAACAAAGUCAUGAUAUGUCCUCUCUGUUCGCUGCCGCCGAUGACUUCUCUUCACUGCUUGAGGAAACGGCAAAGGUCAAGGGUCAGGGCACAAGCAACGCCGUCUUCAACAAGGACAAGUCCUCCGACAAACAGCUAAAAUGGGAGGAGAACCGGCGCUCGAACACCAAAACCUACAAGGGCAAGAAGUUUGCCGGCAAACCAGCGGCCAAGGGCAAGGGCAAACCACAGAAAGCGGGCAAAAAGCGGAAACACUAAACUUAAUUUGGUUACAGAACCGAGCCAAUGUAAUGGUUAGAUGCGUAAAUACACAAACGCAAGAUUGUAAAUUUCAAUUUUGUAAUAAGUUUAAAAAUAUAAUAGACUUUGUUUAUCAUUUGAAA